GAUUGGUUCAGUCUAUUCCCUUCACCCUUCACCUUUGGAUUCAAGCCAUGGCUGUAACCCGUGUGUUUCUACAGCCGGGAGUAGUUAAAUUUAUUUAAGUAACAAUAAUAUAUUAAAUAUGAAAUUUAUCAGUGAUUAAAUUUUUAACCAUUUAUAGUUAUUGAUUUUUUAUUUAAUUUUUAUUAACACGAUUGUAAAUUAAUGAAUUAGCAAGAUGCUUCCAUUAUCGCACAAAGACAGCAAAAGCAUAACUAGUAAAAUAAUUGAAAAAAUAUAUGGCUGGAAAAGACUUAUCUUCUCGGACCCCGACACAAGGAAUUUAUUUUUAUUUUUACUACUUAAUUUUUCAUUUGCAAUCGUCGAAUUAUUAUACGGAAUGUGGACCAACAGUUUGGGACUAAUAUCUGAUGGUUUUCAUAUGUUCUUCGACUGUACCGCUUUAGUAACAGGACUGGUAGCAUCAGUGGUAACUAAAUGGCGAGCAAAUGAACGUUACUCUUUUGGUUACGUCCGUGCCGAAGUGCUGGCAGGUUUCGUCAACGGAUUAGGAAUAUUAGUUCUCGCAUACUGCAUAAUGUCUGCGGCAUUUGAGCGCCUUUUUGAACCACCAGAAGUAAAACACGAAAAACUAUUUGUAGUUUCAGUAUUGGGUUUGCUAGUAAAUCUAGUGGGAGUUUAUGCAUUCCAACAUGGACACAGUCACGGUGGACAUGGUCAUAGUCACGGUGGUGGACAUAGUCAUGGUCACGGUGGUGGACAUGGUCACAGUCAUGGUAACCAUGCUGCCAACAGUGGACCUGUUGGCAUUAGUCCUGGUGUCGGUGUCGGUGUUAACAUGGAACUAGGACAUGGGCACGGACACGCAGCUCAUGGUUACGAUCCACAUUCACAUAAUCAUAAUCACAGUCAUAAUCAUGAUCAUCAGGAAAUAGAAAUAGAUACAACAUUAGCAACAGGAAAUUCACAGAUUAUGAAAGGAGUAUUUUUACACAUACUUGCUGAUACACUUGGAUCUGUUGGUGUCAUUGUAUCAGCAAUAUUGAUACAAAUGUUUGGAUGGAUGAUUGCUGAUCCAAUUUGCUCGAUGUUUAUUGCAGUUAUGAUAACAUUAAGUGUGCUGUCGUUGUUGAAAGAAUCAACCAGCAUUCUCAUGCAAAGACAGCCAACGGCGUUGGAUCAUUUGCUUCCAGGUUGUUACAACAAAGUAACACAAUUGUCGGGUGUUUACAGUGUACAGGAGCCUCAUUUUUGGACACUUUGCUCGGACGUUUAUGUCGGUACACUCAAAUUAGAAGUUGCUAAGACAGUCGACCCAAAAUACGUUGUUGCGCAUACGGAAAUGAUAUUCCAUGCUGCUGGUGUAAGACAUCUUACUGUACAGCUGGACUACACGUCUAUGUGAUGAUCGUAUGUUAGUGAUAUUUAUGAUAAUGAUAAUAAUAUUGAUUAUGAUUAUGAUAAUAUUUAUAAAUUAAAUAAACAAUGGCCAAAUUGUUGUAAAGUAUUGUCAAUAAACCGUAUGACUAUUUGUGGUGCUUGUCAAAAAGAAUUGCAAUAUCGUGCAUUGAUAAAUAAUGUUGUUGGUCUUAUUAAAUUUUUUGGCAAUUAUGUUGUCUCUAGAAAAAAUUAUUAUAAAUUUCAUCUUGAAAUUGUUUGAUUAAUUUCAUUUUUUAUGUUAUUAUUAAUUUGUUGGAUAAAAUGGGGAUAAAUUUAUAAUAAAUAACUUAUUUGUAAAGAUUUAAAUAAUUGAUAAUUUUACUAAAUUGUCUGUAAAAAACUAUAUGAAUUUUUUUGAGGCAUUGAAAUAUCCAUAGAAAUGCGGAACUAAAAAAAAUUUUAUCU